AGAGCUCCGCGCCGCCGGUGGAGCUGCUCCCUCUAAACAGGCGGCUCUCCGCAGUUUCCCACCCGCUCUUUGUCCGCCUGUCGACGCGUUCCGCUCUAACGUGAUGUCGCGCGCACUUCCGGAGCCAUUCAUCUCGUCUCACGCCGUAAUGUCGUCGCUCGGAAACUUGGACUAACACAGCAACGCUUACACCGGGGAGGGAGAGGGAGAGAGAGAGAGAGAGAGAGAGAGCGGUGACGGCUGGAACAAGGAGCGGGGAGUGCAGCAUCCCUCGGUGGCGGGGAACGUCACAUGUCCGAGCGGCGGAGCUCCGGACUGACAGCCGUCCAGUGACAUCAGAAGCCGAAGCGGCGCGGCUCCAGGACAGACAUGUCCGCUCGGAUGUCGGAGGACGCAGGCUGGCACCGAGGCGCAGCCGAGAAACGGCGGAUGUGCUGAAAGUCCCGUGUGACACCGCGAUGUUAUGGACGUCUGGAGGAAACAACGGGCUCUCGCUGGCUCUCAUUUAACAGCCUUUUAGUGAACGGCCUCUGCCUCCCAUUCCGCCUCUGGACCUCCAGCCUUCUCCAACGUCCGCCCCACAAACAAUGACCUCCCCAGACUCCCCUCCCCUCGUCUCCCCUUCCCCAUGCCCGCCGCCUCCCCCUUCCCUGCCCUCGUCCCCGGUUCCGUCGUCCCCGGCCCCGUCCUCCUCCUCCAUGCCGGCCCCGCCCUCGCUGCCUCCCACAGGUGAGGUGAUGGUGCUGGCCCUGGGCCGGAAGAAGCAGCGCGUGCUGAUCGCGCUCUCCAUCCUGCCCAACCUCUUCCUGGCCUUCCUGCUCUCCUCCGACCCCCUGCUCACCCUCUCCCCCCCCCACCGCUGCCGCCUGCCGGGCCCGACGCCGUCGCCGGAGGCGCUGAACGCCUCCCUGCCCUGGGAGAAGGGGGCGAGGCCCGGGGAGACCGGCAGCCCGUCCCAGUGCAAGCAGUACGUCAACAGCAGCCAGUCGGCCACGGUGGACUGCGAGGCCGGGUGGGACUACAACGUCACCGAGGGGCUGAAGAGCAACAUCGUGACUGAGUGGGAUCUGGUGUGCGGCCAGUACUGGCUGGUUCCCGUGGAGGAGGUGUGUUUCAUCCUGGGCGUCCUGACUGGCUGCCUCGGCCUGGGGUACGCGGCCGACAGGCUGGGCAGGUCCAGGACCCUGCUGAUCUCUCUGACCCUGUCGGUGGUGUUUGGGGUGCUGGUGUGCGUCUCUCCGUACCCGUCCAUCUUCAUCGUCAUGCGUUUCUGCCUGGCCGCUGCCAGUGCAGGCGUCUAUCUGACUCUGUAUAUCACCCGUCUGGAGCUCUGUGAGCCGUCUCUGCGGCUGGUGGCCACCAUGCUGGCCGGCCUCGUGACCGUGGCAGGGGAGCUGCUGCUGCUGGCUGUGGCCCUCGGCUGCCAGUCCUGGAGGGGCCUGCUGGGAGCCGGAGCGGCCCCUCUGACGCUCUUCCUCAGCUAUGGCGUUCCUGGCGUGUUCCCCGAGUCCCCUCGCUGGCUCCUCCUGUCGGAGCGCUCCGCCGACAUGAACGCGUUCGGCGAGAGGAGGAACUCCAGCAGAGAGCUGAGGGACGACGAGAGCUUCACAGAGCUGGAGUCAGAGCCGGCCCCCUCCUCCCGUCCCCGGCUGUCCUUCCCCGAGCUGUUCCACAGCAAGAACAUCUGGAAGAACAUGUUCGUCCUCGGCUUCACCUCAUUCAUCUCCCACGGCAUCAGUCACUGCUACAGCUCGUUCCGCGGCGACGUCAGAGGCACCGCCCCCAGCUUCUACUGGACCUACCUGCUGUCCGUGAGCGCGGGAGGCGGCGCCUGGCUGCUGCUCUGGGCCACAGCGGACAGGUGCGGUCGCCGUGGCAUCCUGCUGCUGUUCAUGACGAUGACGGGCCUGGCCUCUUUGAUCCUCCUUGGACUCGUGGAGUAUCUGAGUGAGACGGCCAUCACGGUUUUCUCUGUGCUGGGUCUCUUCUCCUCCCAAGCCACCGCUUCCCUCUGCAUCCUUUUCACCGCAGAGAUCAUGCCCACCGUCAUCAGGGGCUGCAGCGUCGGCGCCGUGCUCGCCCUGGGCUGCGUGGGCCGCCUCAGCUCGCCCAUCAUGGACCUGCGCAACCACUACGGCUACUUCCUGCACCACGUCAUCUACUCGUCUCUGGCGCUCCUGGCCGUGCUCUCCAUCCUGCUGCUGCCCGAGAGCAAGAGGAAGCCGCUGCCCCAGACGCUGGCCGACGGCGAGCAGUACAGGCGGCCCCCGCUGGGCAGGAGGAGGAGGGACAACGUGCCGCUGCUGGCCACGCCCAACCCAGAGACCUAAAGCCGGGCGGCUGCGGCGGCGGGACGGACCGCUGGCUCGCCUCCAUCCGUUUGUUCACGCAGAGCAGGAGAGACGAACAGAGGGAUGAACGGAGAGAAAAGGGCUGCAGCAGACCUUAUGCUUCCUAACAUAUCACACUCCUGUCGUUCCCAACGCAGACGGACUGGUCGGGGCGCCCCGUUCUCCACUCGUCUGUGUUUGUUUCCUAACCAUUAGAUUUAAGUCUGGGGGGGGGGGGCUUCUGAACAUUA